UGCAUGUGCAGCUCCAGCGUCACAAAUAAUACCAGGACGAGGAACAAGAGCCUACCUUGCUCAUAGAUAUCAAGAAGAACCAAGACCACCACCAUAUUGGACACACUUCAAGAGUAAUCAAACUAUAAAGGACUGGAAUACUUCACAAAAAGGCAGUCACUGCAAAGUAACCAGUGUUGAUACAAAAACAUACCAAUCGAUUGCAAAGGCUUUCAAGAGUACAGGAGGAUCAACCAUAGUGAAAAUAGAAAGAAUCGAGAAUAUAUUACUAUACGAGAAGUAUAUUCAGGAGUGUCAAAGAACAUUUCGUAAGGCGUAUGUUACUCAACUUUGUACUCCCCUCAAAAAUGUGAAGAAAUCAUCAGGCCCUGGACUCACAGUCAAAUACCUAGAUCAAGAAAUGACUAAACACUUACACGAGGAAAUCAAUGAGUUGUAUUUGUUUCACGGGACUAAAGUAAAUGCAGUUGAUGUUAUAAUACAACAGGGUCUAGACAGUCGGCUGGCGUCAUCGGGACUGUUAGGUACAGGAGUGUACACUGCCGAAACGGCAUCCAAAUCUGCAGGCUAUACAGAUCAAAAUAAAAAUGGAGAAAGUAAGAUGUUUCUGAUGAGAGUUUGUUUAGGAGAUAUUUUCAUUACAACUCAGAUGACGAAGUUCAGACGGCCACCAUGUAUGAAGUGCUACGAUGAAACUUGUAUAAAACAUCCAGAACUAUUUGAUUCAGUGGUUGCAGAAUUUGGUAGUAGAAGAGAAUUUGUAGUUUACGAUAGAGUCAAAUGUUAUCCUGAAUAUAUUAUAACAUACAAAUGAUCAAAUAUCAUUUAAUACAUUUUGUAAAAAUAUUGAUGCCUUUUUUUUUUACAAUUUUUGAUAAUACUAUGAAGAACACAUUAUAUGUUUGUAUCUAUAUUUGAGUCAAAAUGUUUUCUCUUGU